AUGGCCUCCACCACCCCGCUCUCCGAAAUCCCCACCCUCACCCUCCUCUACAAACUCCACAAACUCGACCGCUCCGACACCGCAUCCUCCUCCGCGACCUCUCGCUUCAACGACAAAAUCUCCAUCGUCCGCAAAGACAUCACCAAACUCGAGACCGACGCCAUCGUCAACGCCGCCAACGAAUCCCUCCUCGGAGGCGGCGGGGUCGACGGCGCCAUCCACGCCGCAGCAGGCCCCGAUCUCCUUGACGAGUGUCGCGAGCUCGAGGGUUGCGACACGGGAAGUGCCAAGAUCACGGAUGCGUAUGAGCUGCCGUGCAAGAAGGUCAUUCAUGCGGUGGGGCCGGUGUAUGGGAGUGCGAAGAGGAAGGGAUUGCAUGCGGAGUUGUUGAGUGGGUGCUACACGAAGAGCUUGGAGUUGGCGGUCGAGAAUAAGUGUAAGAGUCUGGCGUUUAGUGCGCUGAGUACGGGGGUGUAUGGAUAUCCUAGUGGUGAGGCUGCUGAGACGGCGAUCCAGGCUGUGAAGGGCUGGCUGGAGGAAAAUGACAAGCGCGCGGAGAAGAUCGAGCGUGUCGUCUUCUGCCAGUUCAUGGAGAAGGACCAGAAGGCAUACGAGAACUACAUUCCGAAAUACUUCCCUCCUGCUGCCGAAAAGAAGGCGGAGGAGUCAGAAGAGAAGGUCGAUGCUGAAGAGGAUGGACAAGAAGGCGCAGAUGAGGCUAAGGAUGAGGAGGUGCAAGCUGAGAAGGUGCCAGACUUGCCAGAGGUGCCUACCAAGGAGCCCGCUGAGCCCGACGAGCCUGAGCCUAAGAAGCAAAAGCUCGAUGAUGGCAAAGACUGA